AUGUCGACAACGUCACCGGCGAAGCGCAGAGCCACUGCGUUUCGUAGCAACAUGCUCGAUCAGCCUAUGCGACAGACGCGCUCGAUGGCAAGGAUUUCAGACUACAACGAUUUCUCGGAGCUGACAUCGACUUCGAGAGUAGUCGAGCAGCGUCAGGCCACCUCUUCGUCCACAUCCUCUCAUGCACGAAACCAUUCACCUCGCAAGGCGCGAGCAAGCCAGGCGGCACAACUCGACUCGUUGGACCCUGACUCACCCGAUGUCAGUAUGACAGCCUGCAUGGAGAGCCCCAAAAAGGGCCGUUUCGGCGACUUUGAAUUCGAGCUGGAGACCAGCACAGAAGUUCCCGCUAGACGUAGGAGAAUCGGACAGUCGCGUCAGGCGUCCACUUCGCCCUCUGCUGAUGUAGGCUUGCCUCGAUCCAAGACAACCGUAGCGCUAGACCGGAACAGCACGGCUACUGCGGACAACGCUCUUCUCACGAGCCGCAAGGAAAAUUCUCCUGCAGCUCCGUCGGAGCAGUCCCGACCCGGCGCAAGUCCUGUCAAACCAGUUGCGGCCCUGCCGCGCGCAUCUAGAUUGCAUGGACCCACUACCUCGAUACGUCCUUCAUCUCAGCAGAUAGCAGCAGCAGAAGCGAGCGCGGACGCCAAGGUGACCAACUCAAACAGAUCCAAAUCAUCGAGGCCACUUGACGGCGUUGCAUCUGAACUCAACCCACCAGGAAGCAGCUGCGAAGCUGGUCAUCGAUUACUCUUCGGCAGUUCAUAUACCAAGACGGAUGCUUCCAUCAGGCACAACCCUUUUUUCAACAGUACUGAUUCCAACAGUCUCGCCAUGCUCGGCGAACCAAGGCACUCACCCGUCAAGCGCUUUCAACCCAAGACCGAAUUUAUCAUCUCAUCUCCCGACCGUCCCGAUCGCAAGCCAAUCAACCUUCUCGAACUCAAACCUUCGCCAGGCAAAGCUCAGCGCGGCAUCUUCCGUCACGAGCGAGCCGACGACUAUGAAGAUGAGGGAGACGACGAUUGGGACGCCUCGGGACCCAACACUCUCGAUGAAAUCAGACUUGUCAAGGGGCCAGCUCCGAAAAGAGACGAGUUGGUAUCCAGCAACAACCAGCCGUCUUCAUCAUCAUCAUCUGGCUCGGUGCCUUCCGCAGCUCCAUUUUUGAGCACAGGCACCGAAAAGCAAUCCAUUACUCGCUCAACCACGAACAUGGAUGUCAAACACACCUUGUCAUCCGAAACAUCCGUUGCGCUUGCCAGUCUGGAGGCCUCACUCGCAAGACUCAAAGCCAAGACCCGAAGCCCUCCCCUUGCGACAGCCGCUGCCAGCGAUGAAGGGAAGCAAGGCGACGCGAGCGCGAGUGCAGACCCAGUAACGAAGCGCGAACUUGGAACUGCACGUUCGUAUGGCAUGACCUCUAGCCGUACACAGUUCCUCCGCGCCAAAAUCACCAUGGGCAGCGAAUCGUCGUUCAGUAGCAGAUCCAUAACAGCAGACCAGAGCAGCGACAGCGGCAUCUUCAAGCGCCCUUCGGGUCGCGUUUCCGCCUUGGCUAAGUCUCGAGGCACCAGUUCUGACGUGGGAUCCUCGCUCAACUCGUCGCUUGCCUCGUCCAAGUCAAUGAUGUCGUUUGGCGCACCUCGACUGCCUGGAUUCAGUGAGCUUGGUGCGCGACCCCCCGUGUCGCGACCAGUCGUCACCGGCUCACGCACCUCCAGCCUCGGCCCUGCUUCCAACGACUCUAGAGCUGAAGAGGAGGCCGCACAAAAGGAGGAGGAGGCCAGAGUUGCCGAAGUAAAGAGGCAAGCGGAACUCAAGGCGGCGAAGCGCAGAUCCAUGUCGUCGAUCCUGUCGAGUGGUAUGCCGCCACCACCACCUCUGCACAGGAAAGAGGUUGAAGCCAGCAAAGCGUCCACAUCCACAGCCACCAGCAGUCUCAGAGCUCCUUCCACUCGUUCGUCGUCAUCUUCCUCUUCACGCUCAGCCUCCUCAUCAACGCCGGCACCGCCAUCGCCCCCAUCAAGAGCCGAGCCAACCGAGGCCGAACUCGCCGAAGCUCGCAAAGCGGCAAAAGCAGCACGCAGACGGUCGCUUUACACGUACGUCCCGACGAAACGCGAAGAUGUCGACGGGGAUCGCUCCUUCGGCAACGCCUCCACAGGCCUCGUCGUCACGAGUAGCACAGGUGGGGCCGCAUCCGACACUUCCACUGCGCCGCCGAAAAAGCAGCGUUACCUGCGCGGACUGACUCUGCUGGUCGAUGUCCGCGAUCAGGAUGGAGAGGACGCGUCGGCGUGCUGGAUCGACAUGCUCAAGAACGCCGGUGCCAAGGUCAUGGUAAGAUUUGGGGAGAGGAAGAUCACGCAUAUCGUGUACAAGAGUGGGCGGCCGAGCACGCUGCAUUCGUAUCGCGCUCUGGAGGAGCCCAAACCGCACGUGGUGGGCAUCGGAUGGGUCGUGGCGUGCUUGGAGCAGGGUCAGAAGGCAGAAGAGGCGCCGUACCUCGUCGAAGUGGCCAAACAAGCCAUCUUUGCUACUCGACGACGAUCGUUGAUGGCGCCCAAACAAGCGCCGUCUUCGGCCAACAUUGUUCGGGAGCUGCCGAAAGACAAGCUCAAAGACGUAGAAGAAGCGCGAAGGAAGCUUUUGGUCCAUGCACCGGCGGUUCCCAGCCCGCUGCGUAGAAGAGUGAGCUCCCGCUCGAUGCUCGCCAGUCGUCUGGCGUGCGCCUCCCUCAACUCGCCAUCGCGUGCAGACAAGGGUACCUGCGCCAGUGGAGCAGAAGCAACAGCACAAGGCGGGGGUGACGAGAAGGAGGCAGGGGAGGGCGAUGAUGAUGCGUUGCUCGAAGCGUACCGCAAACGGGUGGGGUCGGUUCUGUCGCAACAAUCGCCUGCUAUGCUUGCUUAG